UUUUGAUGAAAUAAAUAUAAAUAACCUAGACUUGAAGACGAAGAAAGCGAAGCGAACAACUUCUAGCCACACCGACUGAGCAGAAACAACCGACAUCAUGGCGACUGAACAGUCGAUAAUGGCGGUGAUACGGGCGGCGCGACCUUCAUUCCGUAGUCGCUAUGACAAGGUGGCAUUCGUCGUCCACGCAUCCUUUGUUGCCGCAGGCUAUGUCCUUCACGCCACUGGUCCUCCCGCCUUCACCGACGACGCCCUCUCCUCCCCCUCCUACGAUGAAGUCGGGUUGGAGGAUUGGAACGAUCUUGAGGAUAAUUAUGCAUUCGUGUACUCUAAUCCUGAGAAGGGUUCCAAGAAAGUGCUUGUGAAGUGUCUUGUAAUGAAUGAAAAGUUGCUUGUUGAUGCUUUAAAGGAAGGUGAUUCGAGUCCUCUACAUCUUGAAGUCGAUGUUGGGGAGUAUGUGGAAGAUAAUGGAGGGACAAAUUAUGGUUCACAGUUCAAGAAUUUGGGGAAGCUGGUAGCAAAUGUUAAAAAGGAACUCUUAGAUAAACUGGAUGGUUCUUUGGCCACUACCUCGUCGAGUCAACCUUCAAGUUCCGAGACAAGAGACGACAGAAGUAGGCCCAGGUUAGGAGCUGAUGACACUGAAGAUCCUUAUGUUUCUCCUCCACCUACAGGGUUUGUAGUUCCUCCAGUACCUGGUUUUGGUGGCAGUGACAUCUUCCCUGGGCCUGGGGCUGGAAUGUAUCCAUCCAGGGGUGAUAUUGGUGGUGGAAGCAUGCUAGUGGGUCCUGACGAUCCAAGGUUCUUCGGAGGUAGAAUUGGGGAACCUGGCUUUCAUGGAGGUCUACCGGGAGUGCCACCCGGGGCUCGCUUUGAUCCAUAUGGACCUCCUGGUGUGCCGGGUUUUGAGCCGGGUCGGUUUGUCAGAAACCCACGAAGGCCUGGGGGAGGUACACAUCCAGACCUGGAGCACUUUCAUGAUGGCUCUGAUUUUAUAUAGAGAUGCAGACAUUUUAUUGACGGGAGAGAACUCAUACCUGGCCUUCCUUUGGGACAUGAGAUUUUAGUUCUGUUUAAGAUAUGUAACAGAUACAGGAAAGAGUAUAUAAAACUAUAAUAAUGGAAGCAAAAGAGUGUUUUUCUUUGUGGUUCGUAGGUUUAAUGUAUAAAUUUAACUUCCUACUUCUGCUUGAAAAGCAUUUCAACAUUUUUUCACAGUAGCCGACUUCUGGGAAGCAGCCUACAGGUUUCGCUGCUGCUGUCUAUACCUAUACUACGGGUUUUUGACUGGCGCUGUAAUUAUUAUUUUGAUGAUUUUGCUUA